AUGCCGGCGUCCAGCCGGUCGCACUCGCUGGCCCCGACCCUGCCAUGGAGGAAAGUCGGGGGAGAAGGGGGCAGCUUAAGGGAACCCCAGCGCCACGGGGCUGCUGGGGCACAGGGAAAGAUGACCUUCCUGUACCCUCCGGCUCGUCCCAGAACCCUGCGUUCACACGCCCAGGCGUGGCCCCAGGACCUCCCUGGGAGACCCCUGCUUCUCCCGCUCCGUGCCAGUGCCGACUGUUGGGAGAAGGCGGCGGGCUCUGCCUGUGGGCAGGCCGAGCUUCAACAUGGCGCCCGUGGGGCCUGCCCCGAGGCCGAGCAGCCCCCGGACCAGCUACUGCACAUCAUCUCCUUCCUGACGCUGCCUGACGUGCUGAGACUGGGCCAGACCUGCCGCUACUUCCACGAGGUGUGCGACGGCGAGGCCACCUGGCACCACCUCUGCACCCCUCUCUGCCCCGCCGCCAUGAGCGCCCGGCCCUGCAAGAGGGCCACCAUCCUCAGCCGGCAGGACUGA